AUGCAAUUAUUAAAGUUGUUUCUUUUGCUAGGAGCCCAGUCUCCUGUUGGUCACACUGCUGCUGCCUACCAGAAGAGCAAUAGCUCGUGUACAGAUGCUUGCUCCAAGCUCUCCCAAGUCUUUCCAACAGCUCUUCAUUACCCCAAUACGGAUAAUUUCACCAUCUGGGACGCCAAACAGCAAGAAGUCGUCUCCGCAUGUCGCCUACAGCCUGCUAAUGCAUCCGAAGUCUCCAAGGCGCUGCUGAUUCUCCGCGAUACGGGAUGCCAAUUCGCCGUCAAGGGUGGCGGCCACUCGAGAAGUCCGAAUGACUCCAAGUCCGUCGGUGGUGUUACCAUCGAUCUCGGUCGUAUCGUCGACGUCGCAGUCGCCACGGAUGAGAACAGUGCACGCCUAGGAGGAGGUUUGAACUUGAGGCAGGCAUUUAAAGCUCUUGAAGCAUACAACAUAUCUUUCGCGGGCGGCAGAGUCGCGUCUGUGGGUCUCGGUGGUUUCACACUGGGCGGUGGCAGCUCUCCCUUUUCACCGCGGCACGGAUGGGCGUUGGAUAAUGUGCUGGAAUAUGAAAUUGUACUCGCCAACGGGACUAUAUCCGCCGCUUCCGAGACCAGAAAUCCUGAUUUGUACUGGGCUCUCCGUGGCGGUAGUAACAACUUUGGCAUCGUGACCGCCUUCACCUUUGAAACGUUUCCCCAGGGCCAAGUUUUCAACGGGAGAUCGACUUACGGACAGAACCAGACGGAGCAAGUACUGGACAAAGUCUACGAUCUAUUCUCAAGCCGAGAUUCCCUUAGCGACCUAUCCAUGGGCUAUGACCUAUAUUAUUCGUACAACGGCUCUGCCGCGAGCUUCACCAUGUUGGGCGUCCAGAGGUAUACAGAGCCCGUUACCAAUGCUUCGGUUUUUGAAGCCAUCAAGACAAUCCCUACCCUGACGCGAACCCAGACGAUUGGGUACAUGUCUGACUUGGUGUCUAACCCGGCCCUGGGUACAAUACGCCAUUGGUUCGGCACCGUGAGCAUGCGGCCGUCGCGCGAGAUGAUGAGCCAGGCCCUCGCCAUAUUUGAAGACGAGGUCGAGAAGAUUCAGACAGUGACGGGCCUGUCUGCCAAUUUUGUCACUUACACGCUGCACCCAAAUGCAAUCAGCAAGAUGAAGAGUCGAGGCGGUAAUGCACUGGGAAUUGACCAAGACGAGCCUCUAAUUCUUAUUUUAAUCUCGACGGAUUGGACCUCAAGUGACGGGGACGUGGCCGUGGAAUCUAUGACAACGAACGUCUUGGACCGCAUCGCCGCAGCUGCCCAAGAGCUACAAGUCUAUCACCCCUUCAUGUACGUCAAUUAUGCAUACGCCGGGCAAGCCGACAAAGUGUUUUCCGGCUAUGGCGAGGAGAACCGGCAACGUUUGAAGGAUAUCCAGAUAUCGGUCGAUCCGGAUGGCAUUUUUACAUCACAGGGCCUUUGGAGAGGUUUCAUGAAAUUGUCUUGA